UUCCCUCAAUUCUCAAAACUCUUCUCUUUCCCCACAAACCCUUUGCUCCCCAAAGCCUUAUUUUCUGCUUUAAAGGGAAAUCUGGCUGCUGGACUGAAAAGGAGAUUGCUAAUGAAAGGUUGAAGAUUUAUGUGACAAAUUGAAGAAACAUCAUGGGUUCAGUUUGUUGCUGUUUCAGUGUUUCGGAUGUUGGAGGGCAUGCUGCCUCGAAUGAUCAAAAUCAUAGCUUCUGCAAUUGUUUCAGUUGCUGCGUUCAGAACUUAAUUAAUAAGUGUGGAACCAUAUUUGGCCAAGCACAAGAAACUUCUGGGACUUCAGCUAAUCAUGGCCCGUCAUCUUCGACUGCUCUAGUUUCCACAAACAGUUCAUGCAAUACAAUCAGGUCUCAGGAUAGAGGUUUACCAAAUAGUGCUUCUCCAAGACAGCUUCAAAUGCAAGAAGAUGUUGCAUUUAGACGACAGGACAAAGGAACAAGUCAUUCACGAGUUGAGCCCGAACCAGAUGUAGAUGCUGAUGUUGAAAUAACACAAAAGCUUCUAAAAGCAGACGAGCUGCUUAAAUCAGACUCUGCCAAUCAAGACCCGUCAUCUUCGACUGCUGUAGUUUCCAUCAACAGUUCAUAUAAUACAAGCAUGUCUCAGGAUAGAGGUUUACCAAAUACUGCUGCUCCAAGACAGUCACAAAUGCAACAAGGUGUUGCAUUUAAACAACAGGACAAAAGAACAAGUCAUUCACAAGUUGAGCCUGCACCAGAUGCUGAUGUUGAAAUAAGAGGAAAGCUUCUGGGAGCAGACACGCUGCUUAAAUCAAACUAUGACAGAGGAUCUAAAGAAUGUUGUCCCGAGUCCCCUAAGAAGGACAAUUCAUCAAUGAUGGUGACUAAAGUUCAAUAUGAAGUUUCCUCAUCAGAAGAUGAGGAUGUAUGUCCCACAUGCCUCGAAGAGUAUACACCAGAGAAUCCCAAGAUAUCUACAAAAUGUUCUCAUCAUUAUCACCUCAGCUGUAUAUAUGAGUGGCAAGAGAGAAGUGAAAAAUGUCCAGUUUGUGGAAAGUUGAUGGAAUUCGAGGAGACAAAUUGAUGGUCAGAGCUGAAGAGAAGGAGCUUAAACGAAAUGAAUAACAGACCUGCAACUUAGUAAGGUGUACAUAAUUUUUUAUCACACUGGUCCCGUGACAUCUACAAAGGAUCAAAGAGUAACACGAUAUACAGUCUGAGAGAAUUUUUGCUUCUCCUUGAACUUGUUCUUUUUAGUACUUAAAUACUUUUGCUGCCAUGGGCUUUUUGGCGGGUGUUAUAUAAGAAGCUAGUGAGACCAACUAUCAUUGCAGCUGUGCUAAACAGGAGGACUGUCCAUUCCCUGUCUAUUCAUCCGGUUUAGGCCCGUGAGCGAGAUUUUUUCUCAUUGCAGUCACCUCCGCGGUUUUUUGCCACCUUGAUAGUAGCAGACCCUUAUGCCUCGGUCCUUGAUCAGACAAAGCUGAAAUUUGGAUGAUUGAAAUUAUCAGCUUAUGCUAUCUUUUUGCGCUAUAUAUGGCCUUUACAUCUCGAAGAUUGGUGGCUUAACGCUAGAGUUGAUUUUUUAGAUGAUCGCUCAAAAAGUUAAUUUCUUUAUUGAAGAAAAUUAGAAUUAAGAAGAGUGUUUUUUUGAGAUAAUAACUAUUAGUUGAAUGAUCAUAUGAGAAAUCAACCUUAUAACGCUA